CUGGUUUCCAGUUAUGCACAUUUUCUAAGAGACCGCAAGUUUUCAAACCGUUUUUCUUCGCGUGAUUGUUGAUUUCUAGGAUAUCCUACAAGAAUACGCAGAAAAGUUUCAGGAAUUGCAAAGACUAGCAGGAAAGGACUGAAUAUUUAAAUUUUUGCGGGUCAAACUCCUUUCGUUGCCGCCUUGAAAUGGAUGAUGCACCCACCCCUUCAGCCGAAAGGAUCAGGGAGGACGUGCAGCACCUGAAGGAUUGGAUAUCAAAGGAACCACACCUGCCAAACAUCAAGGACGAAAAAUGGCUCCAGACCUACCUCCACACCAACAAAUACAGUCUCGAAAAAACGAAGCGCAAACUCGAAAAUCUAUACACGUUGCGGACGAGAUUUCCUCACAUUUUGAAAAAACGGGACCCUACAGAUCCGGAAGUACUGCAGGGCAAGAAAGGGAUAGUGACAUUCGUUUCAGACAAGGUGACAAAAACCGGCGGUACGAUGUACUACGUCAAAUUUGGAGAUCCAUCUCUCCUGAACGUGGUCGAUUUCACGAAGCGUGUGUUCAUGAUAGCGGACGCGUUGCAUCUGGAGCACCCUAACCUCAAUUAUUUCGAGGCCUUCGUGGACUGCGACGGACUGCAGGCCCAGCAUAUCCUCAAGUUGUCUCUCGGAGCGGGUCUGAUGGCGGAGAUAUUCCACAAAGCGUACUCGGAGAGGGUCCGGGCUAUCCACCUCAUCAACGCUCCCUCGUCGAUGCACCUGGUCGUCGAUAUGCUCAGGAGGUACUUUCCGGAGAAAAUUGGCGAACGGAUCCAGGCGCACAGGCAAAGUUGCGUCAGUUUUGGGGAGGAGGUUGAUACGGACGUCUUAUGCUGCGAUUUCGGGGGCAAAGGGAGCAGCUUCACACAACUUGAAGAAUACACACAGAAUUUGCUUGAAAAACAUAGGGAGUGGUUUAUUCAACAAGACGAUUUAUGCGCCGACGAGUCCCUGCGGAGGAAAAUCGAUGACCAGGACGAAGAAUUGCGAGGCUCCUUCCGAAAACUUGAGGUAGAUUAGUGGCAACAGUGCGCAUUAAUGCAUCCAGAAAGUCGCAGUAUGAAAACCGAGGAGAAAUUCGGUGCCGGAGUCCAUAUGGCGCCCAGAAAUCCCAAGAGAUAUGAGU